AUGGCUGUCACAGUACAAGAGUGCCUGGAGCUCCAGCUGCUGGAAAUGGAAAUGCUCCUUUCAAUGUUUCCCAAGAAAGGUGAAAUAAAUCUGGAUGAGGAUGCUGUGCCCUGCAUGCAGCGCUACCUGCGGAACCCUGAUGGAGCUCUGCCCCCACAGCUUGAAUGUUCCAUUGCUGUUGAUGUAGGGGAGGCAAAGGUAAAAGUGGAACUGCAGGUAGUGCUGCCUCAUAGGUAUCCUCACAUAGCUCCUCAGCUUUUUGCAAGAUCAGAUGCACUGCACAGACAGCAACAGCUGCAGCUCAACACUGGUCUUGCUUCUUACAUCAGUUCUUUGGGUUCAGGUGAACUGUGUAUCUAUGAAGCUGUGCAAUGGGUGAAGGACAACAGCCUGCCUUACCUGGAGAGCAGUAAGGUGUCUUCUGAAAGUGUUUCAAAAGAAGUUGUAGUUAAAGAAACCUUGCACCGCAUGUGGAUCUACAGCCAUCACAUUUACAGGCAGGAACUGAGGAAAAAGAUUUUUGACUGUGCAAAGAAGUUAAAUCUGACUGGCUUCUGCCUAACAGGGAAACCUGGUGUCAUCUGUGUGGAGGGACACCGAGAAAACUGUGAAGAGUUCUGGCAUGAUAUUAGGUAUCCCAAAUGGAAGCAUAUUUCAUGCAAGCAUGUGGAGAAUAUAGAAACAGAGGGAAGUAUCAAUAAUCUUCGUCUUUUUCAUGGUUUUGAAGACCUACAGUUUCAGGCACAUGGUGAUUAUGGCCUGAGGAAUGACUAUCACAUGGACCUUGGCCAGUUCCUGGAAUUCCUGAAACAACAUCAAAGUGGACAUAUUUUUCAGAUUUUAUUUGGUGUUGAAGGCAAACUUGCAGACAAAUAAAAGAAGCUGUGUAAGGAAAUCCGAUUUUGGACAGCAAGAGGUGAUGUGAACAUUGAAAUAUUGUGCCUUACAGCUCUUGUGAAAAGGGGAAUUGUUUAACAUAUGAGAAGAAUGGUUCAAAUAGUUAAUCUUAGCUGCUGUUCUUACUUGCCACAUAUUUUUGAGAGGUGUUUACUUACUUUCUGAGACCCUAAAAUUUGCAUUUUUUACUGUAAGUCAGGCCUCAGAGCGCUCACAAGGUGGUAGAAAUCCCGGUAUCCUGAAUGACACACUCCUGUCUCCUCAUCUCCAUGUGCUGCUGGUUAUGGAGCUGCAGUGCAGACCUGUAGCGAACUCCUACCUGCCACUGUGGGAUGCCAGAGUAGCUGAAGCCACAGAGUAACAUGUUUCCAAUACAAAAGGAAAUCUCACCACUACAUUAGUGACUGGCUGUGUGCAAUGUCUUCUACUGAAGCAUCUGCUCUCACUUCAUUCCACUAAUCCAUGCAAUGCAAAGGCUUGAGUCCAACCACGGAACCAAGUUUUGUUUUAAAUGAAGGGCAGGGGGGCCAGGAGGCAGAACCCCACAUCACCCAUCCCCUUACAUGCUGUGGGUAAUACAGAAAAAUGAAAAAACUAUUUAUAUUGAAUAAAAAUACAUAUAAUUUUACUAAUGUUUUUUCUGUCUAAUUAGUACUGAGAGACAAUUUUCCAGCACCUUGCGGAAGGAAAUGAUAUUAAUGGCUCAUUAGGCAGUGCUUUCCUACAGGGUAGUGUGCCAAGUUUAGUGAAUCACCAU